CGCCCGCGCCGCCCAUCACAUCCCGCCACCAGCGCUUAUCAUAGCCCAUGCUCGCCGUCGGACAGUACGGCCAUCCCAUCCAGUCGUCGGGCAGCAUGGAUGUCGACCAUGCCAAUGAUUCCGACGACAAUAUGCACAUCGACGACACAGACAGCGACGACAACAGAGACGCCGACGCCGACGGCGAGUAUGUCGACGACGACGAACCAGCGCCGGCGUUGAGCGUCCCACCUGUGCCACACCGACGGUCUUCGCCGGAGGAAGAGCGAUACUACAGCUCUGCCAGCUUCGAUGAAGACUCCGAUGACGGCUCCUAUGCAGACGAGGAAUAUGGCGAGAAGAAGAGCAAGAAGGCUCCGAAGAAGAAGAAGACGCCUGCUGCGACGACACAGACCAGACCCAAGCCUGCUGCACGGCACAUCGCCGACUCCGACUCAGAUUCAGACUACGGCGCAAGGUCUCAUAAGAAGAAGAAACAUCGUCCUCACCCGGGCGAGGAGCUCCGUAUAUCCUCUCGUGGCGUGAAAAUACCCAACUACGUUGACGAUGUCCAGGAUUUCGAGCAAUUUGAUGAGGAUGAACAAUACGUCGCCGACGCGAAAGCGUACGCAGAAGCCAACGCCCCUACAAAGGAAGAAGAUGAGAUCGAGGCCGUGUUCGGUCACUCCCGGGAUGAGGGUCGAGAGAAUGACCCUGAAGAUCUAUGGUAUGAGAAUAUCCGUUAUCAUAUAAAGUGGAAGAAUUUCUCCCACCUUCACAACACGGACGAGACAUACGAGUUCCUCAAACGGUUCAAAGGCCUUAAGCGUGUGGACAACUAUAUCAAGAACUAUAAGUUGUACCAGGCGCGGCUAGCUCAGCCUGGCCUCACUCGCGAGGAUACAGAGGCCAUCACCAUCGAUCGUGAACGGGAAAAAGAGGAGCUCGAAACCUACAAGACCGUUGAACGCAUCGUCGCUCAGCGCGAAUCCGUUCAAGGCACCGUCGAGUACUUCUGCAAGUGGUGUGGCCUCAACUAUGAGCAUUGCACCUGGGAAGACGCCGACGAGAUUCGUCGGUUGGCAAGGCCGCAAAUCGAGGCGUACAGACGACGUGAAGCUGAGGGCAAGUUUCCAUACAAGAGCGUGAUCUAUCCCAAGAACGGGCGACCUUCCUUUACGAAGAUCACAGAAGACCCGGAGUACCUGAGCGCGACAGGCGGCAAGCUGAAGGACUUCCAGCUUACUGGCCUCAACUGGCUGGCAUACCUCUGGAGCAAGGGCGAAAACGGCAUCUUGGCAGAUGAGAUGGGCCUCGGGAAGACUGUCCAAACGGUGUCAUUCAUCUCGUACCUUUUCCACGAGAUGCAGCAAUACGGUCCCUUCCUCGUCAUUGUCCCGCUGUCGACCAUUACCGCGUGGCAAUCCCAAUUCGCGACGUGGGCGCCGGACAUCAAUGUUAUCACCUACAUUGGGACCGCCGCAGCCCGGGACGUGAUCAGGACCUACGAGUUCGGACCAUCGAACAAGAAACUGAAGAUGAACGUGCUGUUGACCACGUACGAGCUCACUCUCCGAGACUCAAAGGAGCUAGGAGAGAUCAAAUGGCAGAUGCUCGCAGUCGAUGAGGCGCACCGUUUGAAAAACUCGGAAAGCCAGCUGUACGAGGCACUGCGGUCCUUCUCCGCUGCUUCGAAGCUGCUCAUCACUGGCACGCCCCUGCAAAACAACGUGAAAGAGCUGUUGUCCUUGAUGCACUUCCUCAUGCCCGAGAAGUUCGCGCUCACGAACGAGUUUGACCUCACGGACGUGGACCAUGAGGAGAAGAUCAAGGAUCUCCACAAACAACUCGAGUCUCUGAUGUUGCGCAGGCUGAAACGCGACGUCCUUACCUCCCUUCCGACGAAGAGCGAACGCAUCCUCCGCGUGGAAAUGUCGGCGUUGCAGACCCAGUUCUACAAAAACAUAUUGACCAAAAACUUCCAAGGGUUGAUGAAGAGCGCACACGGCAACAGCCAGAUCAGCCUGCUCAACAUCGCUGUGGAGCUUAAGAAAGCGGCUAACCACCCCUUCCUUUUCGACGGCGUUGAAGGGAAGACUGAGAAUGCAGAAGAGACGCUCAAGGGCUUGGUCAUGAGCAGCGGCAAGAUGGUCUUGCUCGACAAGCUGCUCGCGCGCCUUCGCCAGGACGGGCAUCGCGUGCUCAUCUUCAGCCAGAUGGUUCGCAUGCUCGACAUUCUCAGCGAUUACAUGUCUCUCCGCGGCUAUCUGCACCAACGCCUCGACGGUAUGGUAGCCUCGGAGGCGCGUAAGAAGUCGAUCGCGCACUUCAAUGCUCCGAAUUCACCCGACUUCGCCUUCCUCUUGUCGACCCGCGCUGGCGGACUCGGCAUCAACCUGGAGACUGCGGACACGGUCAUCAUCUUCGACAGCGACUGGAAUCCGCAGAAUGACCUGCAGGCGAUGGCACGUGCACACCGUAUCGGCCAGAAGUCGCAUGUUAGUGUGUAUCGGUUCGUGAGCAAGGACACGAUGGAAGAGGAUGUCCUGGAACGCGCGAAGAAGAAGAUGGUGUUGGAGUAUGCGAUCAUCAACCAGAUGGACACCACCCAGGCUCAUCUUAGCUCCAAGGCGAACGCAAAGGACAUGUCCAGCAAAGAUAAUCUGAGCAAAGACGAACUGACUGCGGUCCUGAAGUACGGUGCCCAGAAGAUGUUUGAAAAAGACGACGUAGCACAGAAUCAGAAGCUUGACGAGAUGGACCUCGACGAUAUCCUCAACCGAGCCGAGGACCACGAGACACUAGCUCAGGCUGGAGAAGGCGGCGCGUCGCUUGGUGGAGAGGGCUUCCUCGCCACCUUCGCUGCUGUCAGCGAUGUCAAAGCCGACAUGAGCUGGGAGGAUAUCAUCCCUCUCGAUGAGCGCCAGAAGUUCGAGAGGGAGGAGAACGACAGAAAGGCGGAGGAACUGGCCGCGCAAGAGACUACCCGGAAGCGAACGACGCAGCCCGUUUCUUACGAAGGCAUGGACGUUGACCAGAAAUCUUCGUCCUCGACGGCGAAGAAGCCGAAGGCUGCGCCUCAGCGCAAGAGCGCCAGCCAGAAGGCGAUGGAGCUGAAAGAGAGAGAUCUGCGUGUGCUCAUCCGUAGCUUGCAGCGAUGGGGUGACAUCCGGUUGCGCUACGAUGUGAUUGUCACCGAGGCUAAACUGCAGGAUAAGAACAAGGGCAUGAUCCUGGACGUGACGGAUGAGAUCAUCGACAUAUGUACCCAAGCCGUUGACGAGAACGAGGCGCAGAAACGCGCCAAGAUCGAGGCAGGAGAAACCCUUACAAACGCUCAGAAGAGCAAAGCCGUCCUCGUCACCUAUCGCAACGUCGGCAACAUCAACGCCGAGACGGUGGUCUCCCGUAAUCGAGAUUUGAAAGUCCUCUACCACCAUCUACAUAGCCUCGGCGACGACAUUUACAACUGGUCGAUUCCGAUCGAAAACAUCCGACCGACUCUUAACUGGUCGGGACGUUGGGGCCCUCAGGAAGACUCCAUGUUGCUCGUCGGUGCUUUCAUCCACGGAUUCGGCAACUGGGAGGCCAUGCAGAAGGAUCCCCGCCUUGGACUCGACGGGAAGUUCUUCCUUGAGGAGGGCAAAAAAGGCGACGACUCUGCGACGAAACCUAUUCCCAACGCCAUUCAUCUCGUGCGGCGGGGCGACUACCUACUUGGCCUUCUUCGAGAACACGACGAGAAAAUACGGUCGUACGAGAAUUCGUUAAGGAACAGGUCGCUGCCGCGAGCAUCCGUUUCGCCUCCACCGUCUGCCCAUGGUUCAGUGUCGCAAGGUCUCAAGCGACGUGCUGAGAGUGAAGCAGUAGCAUCCGUCGAGGACAACGGUCCGCGAAAGCGGAAGCGGAGACCAACGCCCACGUUUACUGACUCGGAAUCCUCUGAUGAAUGUCCCUCCAUGGAUGAGUCUGCUACGAAGGAGGAGUUGCGGCCAGUGAAGAAGCAGUUGAAACAACUGAAGCUUUCAGGUGGCGACAUGCCUAGGGAUGAUAAAGUUGCGAUCUUGAAGGAGUCGCUGGCAGCAAUCGGGCGCCGAAUAGAAGCCGUCCUGAGCAACAAGCAAGCUGCUGGUGAGGAUGUGGAACGCUGGAAACGUCAUCUUUGGGCAUUCGUCACGUUGUUCUGGCCUAAGAAGGUGAAGGCAGCGAAAUUAGAAGAAAUCCAUGCGAAGAUGGUCAUGAAAGAGGGAGCCGCUCGGACUACGAGCGAUUCCAAUGUCGCGAAGAAACCUCGCGCCAGUUCAAGCGGCAAGAGCAUACCUAACGGCGCGUCGAGCUCAGCCGCCAAGACCAAUGGCAAGUCCUAUCGGUGAUACGCGGACUCUCGCUAUGAUUCCUCCUUUAUGCGCGCUUCGCUGCGUUCUCCAUUAACGUUCGUGUAGGAAGUUUUGCCCAGUCUCCUGUCGUAUUAAGCAAUUGUUUCCAUUACACCUCAUCAUAUUGUAUUACCAGUGUGCACGUUGUACUUUCUGUGCAGGGUUGGUUUGUGAUAUUUGCGUGCAUCGGACUGUCUGAGGGAGAUCGGUGAGAAAUAAAGUACAUAAACGCG